AUAUAUAGGUCAUGUAUGGAGUGUAUCUAGAUGCAAAUACAUAAACUCCAUUCUCUAAAAAAAAUAUACAUAAACUCUAAUAAUCUCUCUAGAAAACUUAGCGAUGAAUCUUUCUGCUAUCACUCAGGGAAACGAUAAUGACGUUCCGGCGCCGGGAAAUGAGUUUGCACAGUUCGCCGCUGGAUGCUUCUGGGGCGUGGAGCUGGCGUUUCAGAGAGUCUCCGGUGUGACUCAUACGGAGGUUGGAUACACCCAAGGGUUCCUCCACAAUCCUUCAUACGAGGAUGUCUGCACGAACACAACGAACCAUGCAGAGGUUGUCAGGGUUCAGUAUGAUCCCAAAGAGUGCAACUUUGAGUCUCUGCUUGAUGUCUUCUGGUCUAGACAUGACCCCACCACCUUGAAUCGCCAGGGAAAAGAUGUUGGAACCCAAUACAGAUCAGGGAUAUACUUCUACACACCUGAGCAGGAGAAACAAGCGGCGGUGUCAAUGGAACGUCACCAGAAACAAAUGGAGAGUAAGAUCAUGACUGAGAUUCUACCAGCUAAGAAAUUCUAUAGAGCUGAGGAGUAUCAUCAGCAGUACCUGUCAAAGGGUGGGCAGUCCUGCAGUGGCAUAGCCUGUAACAGUCCACUCAUGUGCAGCGCUGCUAUGGCUUAAAAAUGCUGAGUUUCCUCUCCCAAAACAGAGGAUGUUAGAGACUUGUUUGUUGCACAAUAUGAACAUCAACCAAAUCCCUAAUAAGUGUAACAAGUUACUUUCUUGUUUCAUGUUAGAGACUAUAAAGAUGUCUAUUGAUGUUGUUGAAUUAUUGAUUGUUUAGAUUUGAGCGAAUCUUAUGGAUGAAAAAAUAAUAUGCUGAAUAAGGUUUCUUAUUGCCA